AUGCGCUAUGUAGUUGACAGCUACAUUGGUGUAAAUCCUGUGUCUUCCUUUGCCCUCAAAACUGCUUCUCAAAGAACAACGCUUACUUGGAGUCAAGGGGAUGGAGUGCUGCUUGUUUCCUUCGUUACCUCUUCUUUCUUCUCUGCAGCUCCUGCUCAGGCCCAAAUUAUCCAUGCUGGGCAGGCGUGUGUGGUGAAGGAGGAUAACAUCAGUGAACGUGUUUACACGAUUCGGGAAGGGGACACACUGGUCCUGCAGUGUCUGGUCACAGGACACCCCCGGCCACAGGUGAGAUGGACCAAAACAGCUGGCAGCGCGUCGGACAAAUUCCAAGAGACGUCAGUGCUUAAUGAGACCCUUCGGAUUGAGAAGAUCCAAAGGCUGCAGGGGGGCCGCUAUUACUGUAAAGCAGAAAAUGGGGUUGGGGUUCCUGCCAUCAAGUCCAUUCGAGUAGAUGUGCAGUAUCUAGAUGAACCUGUCCUCACUGUUCAUCAGACCAUCAGCGAUGUACGUGGCAGUUUCUACCAGGAGAAGACUGUCUUCCUCCGCUGCACCGUCAACUCCAACCCACCAGCUCGCUUCAUAUGGAAACGGGGAGCUGAGACGCUUUCCCACAGUCAGGACAAUGGUGUAGACAUCUAUGAACCCCUCUAUACACAGGGUGAAACCAAAGUCCUGAAGCUGAAGAACCUGCGGCCCCAGGAUUACGCCAGCUACACGUGCCAGGUGUCUGUCCGCAACGUCUGCAGCAUCCCUGACAAAUCAAUCACCUUCCAGCUCACGAACACCACAGCCCCACCUGCUCUGAAACUGUCAGUCAAUGAAACAUUGGUGGUCAACCCUGGUGACAACAUCACUAUGCAGUGCUCUCUGACAGGCGGUGACCCACUGCCAGAGGUGCUUUGGUCUCAUUCUCCCGGCCUGCUGCCUCCCAGCAGCCUUGUGCAAGGAGGCAACCUCACCAUCUGGAGGAUCCGCGUGGAGGACUCAGGAUACUACAACUGCACAGCCAUAAACAACGUGGGGAACCCAGCAAAGAAGACAGUGAACCUACUGGUGCGGUCCAUGAAGAAUGCCACGUUCCAAAUCACCCCUGAUGUGAUCAAAGAGAGUGAGACCAUCCAGUUAGGGCAGGACUUGAAACUCUCAUGCCACGUGGAUGCUGUCCCCCAGGAGAAGGUUGUCUACUCCUGGUACAAGAAUGGGAAACCAGCCAGGUUCUCAGACCGGUUACUCAUCACCAGGAAUGACCCUGAACUCCCGCCUGUGACCUGCAGCUUGGAGAUCAUCGACCUGAGGUUCAGUGACUACGGCACCUACCUGUGUGUGGCCACCUUCCAGGGAGCACCCAUUCCUGACCUCAGCGUGGAGGUGAACAUCUCCUCAGAGACAGUGCCGCCAACCAUCAGUGUCCCCAAGGGUCAGUCUACCAUCACCGUCCGGGAGGGCUCCAGGGCUGAGCUGCAGUGUGAGGUUCGAGGGAAGCCUAAGCCACCCAUCAUCUGGUCCCGAGUAGAUAAGGAAACCCCCAUGCCUUCAGGGACAAUGACAGUGGAGGCGUAUGAUGGGAAGCUGCGCCUGGAGAGUGUCAGCCGAGAAAUGAGCGGGACCUAUAAGUGCCAGACAGCCAGGUACAAUGGCUUUAACAUCAGACCACGGGAAGCCCUGGUGCAGCUCAACGUGCAGUUUCCACCGGUGGUGGAGCCAGCCUUCCAGGAUGUGCGGCAGGGCAUGGGGCGCAGCGUCACCCUGCGCUGCACCAUGCUGAAGGGCAGCCCCAUGAAGGUGGCCACCUCUGUCUGGCGCUUCAAUGGGACCCUGCUGGCGCAGCCCCCUGCAGAGCAGCAGGACUACUCGGAGCUAAAAGUGGACAGCGUGAGCCGGGAGACCAGCGGCAGCUAUGAGUGCAGCAUCUCCAAUGAUGUGGGGGUCUCCGCCUGCCUCUUCCAGGUGUCUGCAAAAGCUUACAGCCCAGAGUUUUACUAUGACACUCCAAACCCCACCCUGAGCCAGAAGCAAUCCAAGAAUUACUCUUACAUCUUGCAGUGGACACAGAAGGAACCUGAUGCUGUGGAUCCUAUCCUCAAGUAUCGCCUGGAAGUCAGGCAGCUGGCUCAGCGAAACAUCAUCCAAACCUUCAUUCCUGUACAGAAGAUGGAGAAGGGCCUGUUGCUGGAGCACAUCCUGCCCAACCUGAAGGUGCCUCAGAGCUACGAAGUUCGCUUGACACCUAUCACCAGCUUUGGGGCUGGCGAUAUGGCUGCUCGCAUCAUCCGGUACAUGGAACCAAUCAACUAUCCCAGCCCAACAGAUAACACCUGUCGCUUUGAGGAUGAGAAGAUCUGUGGCUUUGUGCAAGACAAGAUGGACAACUUUGACUGGACGCGGCAGAACGCCCUGACCCAGAACCCCAAGCGUACUGUCAACACGGGGCCACCCACGGACAUCAGCGGUACGCCAGAGGGUUAUUACAUGUUUAUCGAGGCCUCUCGGCCCCGGGUGACAGGAGACAAAGCCCGGCUGAUCAGCCCACUAUACAACAUCACGGCCAAGUACUACUGUGUCUCCUUCUACUACCACAUGUACGGCAAGCACAUUGGCUCCUUGAAUCUGCUGGUUCGUGUGCGGAACAAGCGGGCCAUCGACACCCAGGUGUGGUCAUUGAGCGGGAACCGAGGGAACAUGUGGCAGCAAGCACAUGUGCCCAUCAACCCGCCUGGGCCCUUCCAGAUCAUCUUCGAAGGUGUCCGGGGCACAAGCUAUGAGGGAGACAUUGCCAUCGAUGAUGUCACUCUGAAAAAGGGGGACUGUCCAAGGAAGCCAAUUGGACCGAAUAAGGCGGUUGCUCUUCCAGGAAGUGGGGUUCCAGCCCAGCAUGGCCCUUGUCUUUGUGGCCCAUUGACUUUCUUCCUUUACGUGCUGCUCAGAUGAUGGCAAGUGAGCGCUCCUGUCUUCGGACCGAGACAUUCCUGCUCCUUUCCUACUCAGCCACCUCUGCUCCUCUUCCUCCCCUCCUCACUGGCACACCAAAGUGUCCAUAUGUUACCAAAGACUGACAGGCAUGACCACGCAAAGGGAUCUGGUUCAGAACUGGAGCACUCCUUGAGAAAGUCAUAAUGUCUAAGACAAAAUUAAAAAAUAAAGACAAUGUUUUUUAAAAAGCACGUGCACAAGAGAGUGAGAGAGAGAGGAAGGAAG